GCCUAUGUAGAUAGAUCAAUCAAAGGUGGGGCUUGUAAAUGCAAUGUCAAGUCCUACUGGCUAUCGUGAAGAUUCCAGUGGUCAAGAUACAUUUGGUCCUUCUUUGCCACCCACAAUAAAAGACAACUGCAGUGAUGUAUUUGGUCCUUCAUUGCCAAGAGACAUGAUUGGUCCUUCACUACCAACAAGUGAUACAUUCGGCCCUUCACUACCAAAGGAUCUGGUUGGUCCUUCAUUGCCAAAAGAAGUCAUUGGUCCUUCACUACCAACAAGUGAUACGUUUGGCCCUUCACUACCAAAGGAUCUAGUUGGUCCUAAAAGUGACACAUUCGGCCCUUCAUUACCACCAGGUCAUACCUAUGGUCAAAGUGACACAUUUGGUCCAUUGCCACCUGAUGAAAGUGGUCAUACAACUAGUAGCUCACCUUCUCUUAAUCAGGAAGAUGACUUAGUUGGACCUUUGCCACCUCAACCAAACACCAGUCUCGAUGAGGAGUCCGAGAAAAGUACAAGGAAACAAGAAAUUGAAGCCAGAGCUAAUCAAAUGAGAAGCAAAUUAAAAUCAAAGAACAUCCCAUCUCAGCCAGUCAGAGAAGAAUGGAUGCUUGAACUCCCUCCAGAAAUAAACCCAAAUGCAACAGCUCUGAGCAUGACUUCAAGAAAAUUUCGGACAAAAUAUUCAGAAACCGGAGACAGGUCAGUUUGGACAGACACUCCGGCGGAGAAAGCCAGAAAAGCUGCGGAAGAGAGACAGAAAAUGAAGAAAAAAGAGGAGGAGAUCGAUUCAAUUUCAAAAAGAGAUCAAAAGCUAGCAGAAGAAAUUGACCAAUACAAUAAAAGAAAUAGGGGAGAGUCACUGGUUGAUUUGCACAGAAAAAGGAAAGCAGAAGAGCUCCAGGGAAGUUCAACUGAUACUAAUAAGUACAUGAGGCGACCGUUUGAUCGUGAUAUCGAUUUGCAGCUGCCACAGAACAUUAUGACCGAAACAAAACGCAAGUCACUCAUAAAAGACUCGGCCAAAUCUCUGGAUAGUAAAUUCGCUCAUGGGAAAAGACAUUUUUUGUAACUUAACAAUAAUAAUAAUAAUAACUGUCAGUGUUGUCAAGUGAAUAAAAACAAUGCAAUAUAAGUAUCAUAAUUAUUAUCAUUAUUAGUGUACUGAUGAAUGAAUUAUUUUAUGAAAUAUUCUUGUGGCUCUCUCAAUGUUUUCCGAGCACUUUUAAAAAUAGAAAUAAA